ACAUGCCCCAAUCAGGCAAAGUGGGCACCCCAUCACCGGCGCGUAUGGUCUAUCUACAUCCAACCAUUUUGUCCCAUGUCUCGUCGCGCCCCCCGAGUGUGUCCCUAUGUAUCUAGAUGGUGGACACCUGCACCUUUUUGACUCCGCCCGCUUACUCAUUCCGUCACUAUACUUGGGGUCUGUUCCGAUUCCCUAGCUCCUCCUUCCCAAGGACGUAUCCGCACAAGUCGCAAGCAGCAGCUAACCCUGCUCCCUGCUUUUUGGCACCCAGUGGCAGGAGGUCAAGGAGCCCUGGUGCUGCAGAACCUGCAGCCCCCGUGGCGUCUGUCACAUCACAACCACACCGAUCGCACCCAGGCCUUGCAUGGCCAGUCGAAAGGAAUACAGGUGGUGGGAGUACGCCUAAACAUGGGGUCGGUAGCCCCCCGGACCAUCGCCCUUCGUCCAAUCAUAAGUCAUACCGUUGUGUCAAAAAGAGCAGCCGCAGCCCGACCCUCCCGCGCUGCCCGUGCUGCACGUCAGCGCCUGAUGAUGUAUGGUGAGUGUGUGUGCGUGGGGAAGCGGGUGUGCUAGCUAAGUAGCUGGGUCGACGCAGGAACGCCCGCCUUGCUGCACCCACCACCUCCACAUCUACAUGGUGCCCGCAGGCAGGCGCAUAAAAGCAGCGACGGGUCUCGCGUCUACCACCCACCCAGACGCUGUUUGCCGCGCGCUGCCCCGACGUCCACCAACGUCACUUCGUGUCCCUAUCAGCAUGGUGCAUAUGUAGGGUAU